AUGCGGGAUUUUCUCAAAGUUAGCGUUCCUGUUUGCUAUGUUCCAGGGAUAUCGGCCUACGUGAGUUUGCUCUUCUCACCCGCUUACGGAGCGCAGUGUGCUACCUUUGCCCUCUACGUGCAGCCCUUCGGAGGUAUCUACAUCACCGGGGGCGUCACAAAGAAAAUCCGAGACUGGCUUCUAAAGGAAGGGUCCUUCUUGAAGGCCUACUACGACAAAGGCAGGGACAGGGCAAGCGCAGCGCGCCUACACCGGCCCAUAGCGGACUCCACGACGCCGGCCGAGGCACCGGAGGCAGAUGAAGCGGCCCGCAUGGAGGUUGAAGCCGAGGCGGACCACAACGCCGUGCAGCAGUGGUUGGAGAGGCCGGUAGCCAACAACAGGGAGCUCUUCCCCACAAUGAGAGCCUAUCACGAGCAGGUGAUUAGGCCAGAGAUGUACUCCCUCAUCGUGCAGCUCGAAACUGGCUUAAAGACGCUGAACAAUGCCCUGUUCACAAUGAGGCGCGAGCUGUCGUGGAUGACAGCGGAGAACCGUCUGAUCGGGUGGAUGCUGCAACAGACACCCAAAGUCGCAGCAUUUGUUCAUGACCGCGGCCUUGUCACAGACCACAACGCUCGUGAGGUGAAGAGGUACAUGAACGCGCUCACCACCGAGCCGACCACUGUUCCAGCUGGCAACGAGUUUUACUCUUCGAUGACGCUGCUAACGUUCAAAGCCUUCGAGCUCCGCAGCGACUUCCUGGAGAAAUACGGCGGCCCAACUGGAUGUCCGAUUUACACGGAUGAGCGGACGGCGGUUAAGGGCUACCACGUCAAAGUGGCACCGUGUUCGCCACAAUGGCAACGCAAGCUGGAAUCUCCCCUGAGAGUCUUGUUGGCCUGCAUUAAUUCAAGUCCAGACCACAACUCCACCUCCAGAUUGACAGUGCUUUGGAAAACACUUACUCUCCUUGAGCCAGUGCAGGGUGAUGACUUCAAAGAGGACAUCACCGCCUGGGCCAGAUUGUUUUAUUUUGAAGAAGAUGGAGAGUUUAAAGGGAGGUUGGAGAUUUGCAGGGACUUGGAAAAGAUUUUAAUGAGUGCCUCCACUGAGACCACAACUCCUGAGCCCACAUUGUGGGCCCAAAAGUGGAAUCAGGUGCAGUGGGGAGCCCAGUAUGAACUUGAUCAGGCUGAGGCUGCAGCAUUUGCUAAAGCAAGAUCAGAGGCCACACCCACAGGCAAAGGCCUUCAGCUGGGCAAGGCUAAGAGGCACUGGUCCAAUGCUGCGGUACAUGUCAACUAUUAUGAGCCGCUUCCUUUCCCUUUGCAGUUCAUUGUUGUUGACCACAUCUAUUUCAGUUGGGAUGAGAUGUGCGACAAGUUCAAGAAGCAGGAGCAUAAAAUUGGAGAUUACUCAAUUGCCACAUGCGGUGGCAAGCCUCCAGCUCCUGUGGUUUCCGAUUUGCAGUCGCAGGCUGCUGCAGCAGAAGCAGCGCCAAAAAAGGGAUCUCAGACCACACCUCCAAAGUCAAAAGGGAGGGGCAGGGGCAGUGCCUGA